GGUCUGAGCUUUUUGAGUACGUCGACAAGCGAGAUCCGACCUCACUUCCAACGAGCCGCACCGUAUCACACAAACAAAGCAGCUAACUAUCGUCAACUCGCCGACAAACGAGCACUUUACAAGUCCAACAAGAAGACAAGAUGGUGGCCAAACAGAGGAUCCGAAUGGCGAACGAGAAGCACAGCAAGAACAUCACUCAGCGAGGCAACGUGGCCAAGUCCACGAGGAACAUGACCGAGGACAAAGGUGUUGGACCGUGGCUGCUCGCGCUCUUCAUCUUUGUCGUUUGCGGUUCCGCCAUUUUCCAGAUCAUCCAGAGCAUCAGGAUGGGCAUGUAAUGAUGACAUCAUCACACUCUUUGAUCAACCAAAACAUUCCUGAACUUUGACCUGCAAUCUUACCUGGCUGGGACCCCCCCCCCCCCCCCCCACACACACACACACACUCACCACCAACACAUGUGCACAGAUGGUUUUUCCCCACCGAUCUUGUGUUUAUUCAACGUGCUGCCGCCGCCGACCUUGUCGCUGUUUGUGCCUGUGUUUACAUGUGCCUACGCUCCCUCCUCCCUCUUAUUGGCGCUUAUCAGACAGACGGAGGGCGGGGUCAAAGUGCAUCUGUGGGUUCUGGGGAACAAGAUGAAUGUGUGUGUGUGUGUGUGUGUGCCUGUGUUUGGGAAAGACUAAAUAAAGUUUCACCUGAACGCAA